GUCACUAUUAAAUGUCUGCUUCCUUUCGUUGUGCAUUUUCGUUGAGGGCGGCCGUAACACACGUGGAGGACCACAUUCCUACAAAAUGGCACAGUAUAACUUCAAAAAGAUUGAAGUGGUCCCCACAUCUAAGGACUUCGUUGACAUCAUUCUUUCGAAGACCCAAAGAAAAACACCAACAGUUGUUCACAAGCACUAUAAGAUAACACGUAUCAGACAGUUCUAUAUGCGAAAAGUGAAAUUCACGCAGCAGAACUUCCAUGACAAGCUCAGCAAAAUUCUGAGUGACUUCCCGAAGCUUGAGGAUAUUCAUCCAUUCUAUGCUGACCUCAUGAAUGUCCUGUAUGACCGAGAUCAUUACAAACUCUCACUUGGCCAACUAAAUAUGGCACUUCAUCUGAUUGACAAUGUUUCAAGAGACUAUGUACGUCUCCUCAAGUACGGUGAUUCCCUCUAUCGGUGCAAACAACUUAAAAGAGCAGCUCUCGGAAGGAUGGCAACAAUCAUGAAGAGGCAAAACCAGAGCUUGCAGUACCUAGAGCAAGUUAGGCAGCACUUGUCACGUCUUCCUUCUAUCGAUCCAAACACACGGACACUGAUCAUAUGUGGUUUCCCCAAUGUGGGGAAAUCCAGCUUCAUUAACAAGAUCACAAGAGCCGAUGUGGAAGUACAGCCCUAUGCCUUCACGACCAAAUCGUUGUACGUUGGGCAUACAGACUACAAGUACAUUCGUUGGCAAGUGAUAGAUACCCCUGGUAUACUUGAUCAUCCUCUGGAGGAGCGCAACACAAUUGAAAUGCAAGCCAUCACUGCACUGGCGCACAUCAGAGCCUGUGUACUUUACCUGCUUGACCCGUCUGAACAGUGUGGACACACCAUAGAGGAACAGUUCAAGCUGCUAUAUAAUAUCAAGCCACUCUUUACCAACAAGCCCUUCUUGGUAGUUGCAAACAAGGUAGAUAUCUUGAAGCCAGAUGACCUUCCACCUGAAAGAAAGGUAUUAUUUGAUGAGCUUGCAAAGGAGGGGAUCCAAAUGAUGCUGAUGAGUACGGUCACAGAGCAAGGUGUUGCAGAGGUGCGCAAUGAAGCCUGUGAUAUGCUUCUGGCACAUCGGCUAGACAUCAAGAUGAAGGGAAAGAGAAUGGAAGGCAUCCUCAAUCGUCUCCAUGUUGCCCUUCCAGAACCAAGAGACAACCGGGAAAGACCACCUUUCAUUCCCGAGACUGUUUUGCAGAAGAAGAUGGAAGUAGAGGAAGCAAAGAAGAAACUGGAACGCGACAUUGAGCAAGAAUUGGGUGACGAUUACAUACUAGACCUUCAAAAGAACUAUGACCUACCUGAUGAGGAGAAGUACGAUGUGAUACCUGAAAUAUGGGAGGGACACAACAUUGCUGACUACAUAGAUCCUGACAUCAUGAAGAAACUUGAAGCACUGGAAGCAGAAGAAGAACUGCGGGAAAAGGCUGGUUUCUAUGACAUGCCAGAAAGUGAAGAAGAUGAGGAAAUGCAAGAGGUCAGGAAACUUGCAAAGAAGAUACGUAAGAAGAAGGCCAUCCUGAAGAUUAAUUCAAGGAUAGACAACACAAAGAAGCCUAAAAUUUCAAGACCAGUGAUGAUGAAGCGUCAACGGAGCUUGAGCAGACUUCGCUCAGAGAUGACAGGACUGGGAUUGGAGAUGGAUAAGAGUAACACACACUACAAGAGAGCUGCUUCAGAGGUACGCACACCACGACCACUGAAGAGAAAGCGUGAAGACAGUGAGGGACGUGUGCGUAGCAGCUCCAAGACUCCCAGAGAUGAGUCUGGUAUUAGAGAUGUUAAGGUGAGGAAGAAGGUAAAGAAAAUGAACAGGAAGGCACAGAAAGGAAUGAACCAGAAAGCAAAGAAGGGAGAGGCAGAUCGCUCCAUCCCAAGUCUCAGACCCCGCCAUUUGAUGGUCGGCCACAGAGGCGUUGGAAAAACGGGCAGGCGUUAGGCAUAUUUGUUCUUCCAAUAAACCAACAUUUUGAGAGGGU